AUGUACUCUGCGGGAAGGUCAAAACGAUCGCACAUGAAUGCGUUGGUGCACAAUGCGCGUAUCGCGGAUGCUGAGGGUGGUUCGGGGUCGACUGGUUUCCUGUCGUCGGUAUCGCUAUCGGGUGAUGUACUCUGCGGGAAAGUGAAAACGAUCGCGCAGUACGAUGAGGCUGCCUCCGUCUCUGGUGCAAUGAAGGUAUUACGUUCGAUGGUACAAGAAUGUGCGAAAGAUAUUCAUCUGAGUUCAAAUGCAAUCGCCGAUCAACUUAUCGUUAAUAUAUAUCGAUGGAUUCAUUCGCCACGAGCGCUUCUCUAUGAACCAGCAAUCGCGCGUGCCGUCGAUAUUUUAGUGACAAAAUUGUGUUUGUUACUCGUUGCUGAGAUCACUCGUAUGGGUGGUGAAGUGUUGCACGCAUCGCAAACACGAAUGAUCAUUUGCACGAAACGUGCCAAUAAACAACUCGCAACUGCAUUCAUAACGUCGAUGAUAAGCACACUCAAACAAAAUCCUUUAUUUGCUGCUUUGUACAUUUCACCGAUCCACUUUUGGAAUAUUCUUUUAUGGAUGGAUAUUGAGAACUAUGCGUGUAUUGAAUUUGCUGAUGUUGGUGACGAAGAGAACGGUAAGGAGGAUCGUAUAACGUCGAAACUCUCUAUCGCGGAUUUAUUGCCCGAGGAAGCCAUGUGCAAGUCGACAUUUUCACGAAUUCUUCUCGAAUAUAUGCAGACGAUUGCCACUAAAAUGAAAUCUGAGGUGUCUGGUGAAGAGUUGGUGGCUUAUCGAGAGGACUUAAUAAGAAAUGAAAUUAGUGAACGUUUAUUCGCCAUAUUCAGCAAGUUAGCAAUAUACAAAAAAGAUGUCGCAAUGCCCGAUAGGACGGCAUCACGAGAGACACUCCACGAUGCACCUCUGCAACUCGCGAAAUGUAUUAUUCAUUUCUUAUCAUUCGACGAAAAAGUUGCGCAAACCGUUGAUAAGGUUAGCUUAUGA